GCGAGGUAAAAAAGAGGGGCGGAGCUUUUCUAGGGCAAGGAGGAGGAGGAGGAGGAGGAGGAGGAGAUCGAGGGCGACAACAAUGGCGGCGUCGUCGUCCUCGCUCGCGUCGCACAUCUCCCACAACUUCGCGGGGCUCCGCCGCGGAGGAGGCUCCAAGGGCGAGCCCUCGUCGGCGUCGUCUCCCUCCACCAACGCCCUCUUCUUCGAUCGCGCGGCGUCUCGUCUCCGCGUCGCUUCUUCUUCUCGGAGGCCUCCGAGAGGGGUCGUCGCCAUGGCCGGAUCGGGAAAGUUUUUUGUUGGAGGCAACUGGAAAUGCAAUGGAACAAAGGACUCUAUCAGCAAACUUGUCUCUGAUUUGAAUGGAGCUACAUUGGAAAAUGAUGUUGAUGUUGUCGUAGCACCUCCAUUCGUAUAUAUUGACCAGGUCAAGUCUUCACUGACUGAUCGUGUUGAGAUAUCUGGUCAAAAUGCUUGGGUUGGAAAAGGUGGAGCUUUUACUGGAGAAAUCAGUGCUGAGCAACUGAUUGAUGUUGGCUGCAAGUGGGUUAUUCUGGGGCAUUCUGAGCGCAGGCAUAUUAUUGGUGAAGAUAAUGAGUUUAUUGGUAAGAAGGCUGCGUAUGCCUUGAGUCAGAAUCUUAAGGUUAUUGCGUGUAUAGGAGAGAAGCUCGAAGAAAGGGAAGCCGGGAAAACUUUUGAGGUCUGUUUUCAGCAGUUGAAGGCUUUUGCAGAUAGUAUCUCAAGCUGGACAGAUGUUGUUAUUGCGUACGAGCCAGUUUGGGCUAUUGGCACCGGAAAAGUGGCCACUCCCCUGCAGGCUCAGGAAGUGCAUGUUGCUGUCCGCGAUUGGCUGAAAAAGAACAUUUCGCCUGAGGUUGCUUCUGCUACUCGUAUUAUCUAUGGAGGUUCAGUAAAUGGGAGCAAUUGUGCAGAGCUUGCAAAACAAGAAGAUAUUGAUGGAUUUCUUGUCGGAGGGGCCUCAUUGAAGGGCCCGGAGUUUGCCACUAUUGUGAACUCGGUGACCUCAAAGAAAAUUGCUGCUUGAUGAUCCUCCUGAUCUGUGAAUACCAUGAAUAAGAUCGAAAAAGCAGGCAAUCUGAAUGUUUGCGAGCAUUUCUGUAUUAUCGGUCAUUAUUAUUUUUGCUAAUUUUGUAGCCAUCUAUAGAAUAAGACAUUUUGUACUCAUUAUUAUUUCUAUAACUGAGGGACAAUCAAUAAUAAUUUUUCCUCGAUUGAUCGGAGGACGUUUAUCAGAA